GAAGUGCAUUUUUGUACUUUUGGAGAAGAGAGCUGACCUUCUGGUGAUCAUAGCGGCCCAGAAAAGGAGGAAACUGGUGUGACAUACUUCUAGUGCUUGCUCUGCCUGAAUUGAUUAGACUGUCUUGCCGCCCGGCCAUGCCACUGCCUGCAGCACUGCAGACCCGCUUGGCCAAGAGAGGCAUUCUCAAACAUUUGGAGCCCGAACCAGAGGAAGAGAUUAUUGCUGAGGACUAUGAUGAUGAUCCUGUGGACUAUGAGGCCACCCGACUGGAGGGCCUGCCACCAAGCUGGUACAAGGUGUUUGAUCCUUCCUGUGGGCUCCCUUACUACUGGAAUGUGGACACAGACCUCGUGUCUUGGCUCUCCCCACAUGAUCCCAACUCCAUUGUUACCAAAUCUGCCAAGAAGCUUAGAAGCAAUAAUGCAGAUGUGGAAGAGAAGUCAGAGCGGAGCCACGACAAGUCAGAGCGGGGCCAUGAGAAGAUGGAGCGGAGCCACGAGAAAGCAGAGCGGGGCCACGAGAAGGCUGAGCGGGGCCACGAGAAGGCCGAGCGAGAGCGAGAGCGGGGCUAUGACAAAGGGGAACGCGAGAGGGAGCGAGACCGUGAGAGAGAGCGAGACCGUGAGAGAGAGCGGGAGCCACGUGAGCGCGAACGUGAGCGCGAACGAGAGCGCACCCAUGACAAGUCAGAGCGGGAUGAGGGCAAGGAACGGCGCCACCAUCGGCGGGAAGAGCUAGCUCCUUACCCCAAGAGCAAAAAGGCAAGCCGGAAGGAUGAAGAGUUAGACCCAAUGGAUCCCAGCUCAUACUCAGAUGCACCCCGGGGCACCUGGUCAACGGGACUGCCCAAGAGGAAUGAGGCCAAGACAGGCGCCGACACGACUGCAGCGGGACCCCUCUUCCAGCAGCGCCCCUACCCAUCCCCAGGGGCUGUGCUACGGGCCAAUGCUGAGGCUUCCCGCACCAAGCAGCAGGACUGAGUCUUUCUCCACUGCCCACUCAGCCAUCUCUUACUCUGGGUGGGCUUUUAAUAAAAAAGCAUACUGGUGGACCAUG